AUGGCAGGCUGCACAUCAACCGACAGUCUUCCACCAUUAGCGGUGGUAGGCUUCUCCUUCAAAUUUCCCGAGGAUGCAACUUCAUCAGAUGCCUUCUGGCAGAUGUUGCUCGAAGGCAGAUGCGUUUCGACCGAGUUCCCGGCCGACCGGAUGAACAUCGACGCCCACUACCAUCCCGAUCGCAACCGCCUCGACAGCGUCUCAAUGCGCGGCGGACACUUUCUCAAAGAGAAUCUAGCGGCAUUUGACGCGCCAUUCUUCGCGAUGAGCGCUGCGGAAGCGGAAGCAAUGGAUCCCCAGCAACGUAUGGUUCUAGAGACGGUCUAUCGAGCCUUGGAAAACGCAGGUCUACCAAUGGAGAAAGUUGCGGGCUCUAAGACCAGUGUGAUUGCAGGCUCAUUCAGCGAUGACUACUUUCUGCUGCAGACCAAAGACCCGCUAGAUAUGCCUAAAUACACGGCCGUGGGCACAUCACGGAAUAUGCUUGCUAAUCGAGUCAGCUGGUUUUUUGAUUUGCUAGGACCGAGCGUUGCGGUUGAUACUGCAUGUUCAAGCAGCUUGAUCGCCUUGGAUAUGACAUGCCAAUCAAUCUGGAGUGGAGACGCUGCUAUGGGCCUGGCAAUCGGGAGCAAUGUGAUACUCACUCCAGAAUUGACCAUGAGCUUGGACAAUCUGGGACUACUAUCGCGGGAUAGUCACAGCUACAGCUUUGACAGCCGUGCAAAUGGGUAUGCAAGAGGCGAGGGAAUCGGUGUCAUUGUGAUCAAGCGACUCGAUUGUGCUAUACGUGACGGAGACACUGUCAGAGCCGUUAUAAGAUCAUCCUCUUCAAACCAGGAUGGAAAGACACCCGGUAUCACGCAGCCUAGCAAAGAUGCGCAAGUCCGCCUGAUUAGGGAUACAUACAAAAAGGCUAGGUUGGAUAUGUCAUUGACCCGAUAUUUCGAAGCGCAUGGCACAGGAACCCCCAUUGGGGACCCAAUCGAAACGAGAGCGAUAGGGACGGCUUUUCGCCGGUAUAGGUCCCCCGAGAAGCCAUUAUACGUCGGAUCUGUCAAAUCGAACAUAGGGCAUCUUGAAGGAGCUAGUGGGGUUGCUGGAGUCAUCAAAGUGAUUUUAGCAUUGGAGAAAGGCAUCAUUCCACCGAAUAGCCGAAACCUGCAGUCCCUUAAUCCACAAAUUGACGAAGAGUUUCUUAAUUUAAAGGUGUUGCAAAAGGCCAUCCCAUGGCCUGAGAAUGGCCUACGAAGAGCAUCAGUGAGCUCGUUUGGCUUCGGUGGGUCGAAUUGCCAUGUCGUCUUGGAUGAUGCAUACAAUUCCCUUCGCCUUAUGGGUAUUGGUACGCGUCAUCAGACAGUGGUCGCACCUCCAUACAAAGCAAACACUGGUCUAGUGGCUCAAGGGAAGUGUAGCUACGCCAUGAUAGACGAAAUCCGUCAAACAACCGACGAUCAUGUCAUUGGACAAAAGGAGAAUGGAUUGCUUGACGAGGAGGAGAUCUACCAAAUACUUGUGUGGUCAACCGCCGACGAAGACGGAAUCAAGCGACUUGUGGAAUCCUGGAAGCCGUUUMUGUCAGACAAACGUGAGUUCUCAAGAAGUCAGCGACGCCAAUAUCUGCUCGACCUGGCAUAUACCCUCAGUCAUCGCCGCAGUCAACUCCAAUGGCGGAGCUAUGCUAUUGGAGAUGCCUUGGGGGAUCUGGAAAGUCUCCCAGACCAUUUUGCGCCUGCAAUCAAGUCGGCCGACGACCCUCACAUAGCGUUCUUAUUCACUGGACAAGGAGCUCAGUGGCACGCAAUGGGUCGCGAGUUGUUACAUCGGUAUCCUACAUUUGCAGCCAGUCUCUCAGAGUCCGCAAACCUGAGCAAGAUUGCUGACGAUAGUUUUACAGACGAACUGCAAAAGUCGGCAUCUGAUACCAACGUGAAUAAUCCCGCUUAUGGCCAACCUUUAUCGACUGCUCUUCAGAUCGCCCUUAUUGAUCUGCUUGACUGCUGGGGAGUUAUACCGACAGCGGUUGUAGGACACUCCUCCGGAGAGAUUGCUGCUGCGUACUGCAGCGGAGGUCUCUCAAAGCAGUCUGCGUUGAAGGCUUCAUACUACCGAGGUUUUCUGGCGGCGAAGCUUGAAGAGCUUAGUUCAAUUAAAGGUUCAAUGCUUGCGGUAGGACUAAGUAAGAAGGAUACCCAAGGAUAUAUUGAAAGGAUGCAAGAUCCGAGACUUGUUGUGGCCUGUAUCAACAGCCCUAGAAGCGUGACAGUGUCGGGGGAUGCAGAACAAAUCAACUCCCUUCAUGAUCUGCUGCAGCAGGAUGAGGUCUUCUCACGCAAGUUGGUGGUCAACGUCGCAUAUCAUUCGUUCCAGAUGCAAGAAAUCGCAAACGAGUAUCAGUCUGCUAUGGGAACGCUGGAGAAGCCAAGUUGUGAGAAGAAGAAGGCCCCGGUCAUGUUGUCUUCUGUCACAGGUGACUGGGUCUCGAACCUUGAGCUGACGGACCCAGCAUAUUGGGUGCGGAAUAUGGUGUCUCCAGUGUUAUUCUCAGAUGCUGUGAGCCGCAUCUGUUCUUCUCCAGGAAAGCAGUCGAGGAAAAUGGAUGGAAGCCACCGCUAUCAAAUGGCCAUCAGUCAUCUUUUGGAGAUUGGGCCGCACGCAGCAUUGCAAGGUCCAUGCCGGGAUAUACUCAACAGCAUCAACAAGCAACCCGAUAUCCAUUAUCUUUCACUUCUGGUACGGAAUAAAUCUGCAGUGAAGACGACCUUGGACUGUGCAGGUCGCUUGCAUUGCUACGGCUACCCAGUCAAUCUAGCACUGGUCAACACAACUGCUUAUGAUGGAGCCAACCAAAGGCGGGUGCUCAGCAAUCUUCCUGAAUACCCAUUCAACCAUUCUACAUCAUACUGGCGCGAAAGCCGAAAAAGCAAGGGCUACAGAUGCAGGAGAUUCGGCCGUCUGGAUCUUGUCGGUAUCCCAGAUCCAGACGGGAAUCCGAUGGAAGCUACCUGGCGGAACAUUAUCCGAGUCUCUGAGAUGCCGUGGGUUCAAGAUCACAAGAUCAAUAAUACAGUUCUCUACCCAGCGGCAGGCAUGUUGGUCAUGGCGUUGGAAGCGAUCAAGCAGCUGGUUGAGCCAGACAAAGUCAUCGUGGGCUUCAAUAUCAAAGAUGCCAUAUUUUCAUCUGCACUGCAGAUACCCGCCCAUGCGGACGGCAUCGAGACAAAUAUACACAUGAAGCGCGUCAGAGAUGGCAAGUCAGAUAGUAGCGGCUGGUACGAAUUCCGGAUAUGUUCGUACGACAACGACACCUGGAUUGAGAACUCCACUGGCAGUAUCCAAGCUGCUUUCGAAGCUGGCGAGAUGGGACUGAAUACCAACGGUCAGGUGGAGCGCGAGUGGCAGGAGGGUCUUGUGCAGUCGUAUCAGAAUGCAGCACAAACAUGCACGGAAUCCAUUGACGUAUCUGAGUUCUACGAAGAUAUAUUUGCCUGUGGCUACCAUUAUGGACCGGCAUUCAAAGCAAUCACCGCUCUCCGAUGCGAUGGAAGGAGUAAUAAGCAAUUUGUCUCGGAUGUCCGCGCCUACAACUGGGUGGAUGACGAGAACCCAGCAGUUGCUCAGCCUCAUACAAUUCACCCAACCACAUUAGACGCCAUUAUCCACAUGAUGGCCGGUAUCGUGACAUACGGACGCCAGAAAAAGUCCGUAGCUGUUCCGACACGGAUCGACCAAGCGUGGAUAUCGAGCAGCGGGUUGAGCCAUCCGACAGCCGACAGCAUCAAGGUCCAUGCAAGUUCCCAUAGGUCGGCCGUAGGGGAUGCUCGGUACUCAAUGACUGCAGUUGAUCGCGAAUUGACCCGUGCACUUGUGACCAUCAGCGGCCUUAGAGUCACAGCUCUGGCAAGCUCAGAGAGUGUCUCAGAAGAUGGCCAACUACAGACAGAGAACCUGUGUCACCAUAUAGCAUGGAAGCCUGACCUCGACCUGCUGAACAACCGGGAAAUCCGAGCAUUCUGUGCAAGUGGGGAGCCAGACAGGGAAGAACCAGUCCAGUACUUUAUUGAAUUGGACUUCCUUGUUACAACGUACGUUGACAAAGUCCUCAAGUCGAUCACAGAGGUCAAGGCCAAUCACCCUCCCCAUAUGGCGAGGUACGUGGAGUGGAUGGUAGAUCAGCAAACAGCACUGGAGUCUGGCCACUCCCCAUUUAGUUCUGAAGCAUGGAGGAAUCGCAUGAAGGAUGAGAGCUUCGUUAACGAUGUCCAUGCAAAACUCGAGAGAACGAACAAGCGAGGACUGCUCGUGAGCACGGUUUGCAGGAACCUUCUCAAGUUCCUCAAAGGAGAAAUUGAUCCCAUUGUUUGCCUAUUCGGAGGAAACCUACUUGACGAAUCUUAUUAUGAAAUGGUUCACUCGCUUCCACGUGUUCGUCAAUUCGCUCGGUACCUGGAUGCUCUCGCACACAAGAACCCACACAUGAAGAUCCUUGAAGUUGGUGCUGGAAGCGGUGCUAUGACUCAAUUCUGCCUUCAGGUCCUUUGUACAAACUCGGAAAAUGACACCACGGUACCUCGCUAUGGGCAGUGGGACUUUACUGAUAUAUCUGGGUCUUUCUUCCCGAAGGCGCAAGACAACUUUGCAUCUCAAGGCAAGCGGAUGAGGUUCAAGACGCUAGACAUUGAGCAAGAUCCUGUGCUGGAGGGCUUCGAGUGUGGAACGUAUGACAUGGUUGUUGCGUUUCUGGUCCUGCAUGCUACAAAAGAUCUGUCUGCGAGUCUGAAGAAUGUCCGCAAGUUGCUGAAGCCGGGAGGAAAGCUGGUGCUCGUCGAAAUCACCCGACCGGGUGCUAUCCGGACAACCUUUGUCUUUGGUUUGUUUGAAGGGUGGUGGCGAGGACUCGAGCCCUAUCGUCAGAAGAAUCCAUGCGCGGACUCAGCCCAAUGGGAAAGACACUUGAAGGAAGCCGGAUUCUCUGGCUGCGAUGUUGUGAUCGACGACUAUAGUCACGAGGACUGCCAGGAGGCUAGUGUAAUCCUCUCGACUGCGGUUCAUGAUAUGCCUACGGCGGAGAAGACGCCGGAAACCAGUAUCAUCUUUGAUCCCGCUAAUUAUGUGCAAGUAGAGUUGGCUGGCGAACUAGAAGUCCAGCUCAGGCGUGCGGGAUUCGCCAAUAUGACGCAGACGCCAGUGGAACAUUUCCUGAAAAGGGAAGAUGACACAAACAGUCUGGAUAUCACCCUUUUGGAAGGUUACAGUCCCUAUCUGUACGAUAUAAAGGAGCAAGAGUUCAAGCGUCUUCAGGGCUUGCUUGCUUCUACGAGAAAUCUUAUCUGGGUAAAUGGUGGAGGCGGACAUCAACCAUGUCCCAAGUACCGACUCGUGGACGGACUGUUUCGAGUCCUCAGGGAGGAGAACCACAGGACAAGACUGACAAUCCUCUCCUUGGAACAAAAGGCGUCGAUCAAGCAUCAGGCCCAGCAGAUUGUCAAACUAGCGCGCUCUGCCUUGACUCAGGAAAGUGGCAUCGACACAGAUUACAUAGAGCUAGACGGCAUGCUUCACGUCGGCCGCCUAAUUCGCGCCACUCUAGUCAAUCAUGCGAUUUCGGCGAAGAAGCUUCCUCAACAGAGGGCAUUACGACCUUUCGGUGCUGACCCUCGCCUCAGACUUGAGAUCGGCUCCCCCGGUCUGUUGAACACUCUCCACUUCGUGGAGGACACUUCACACCAGAAGCCCCUCGGGCCCACAGAAUUCGAAGUUCAAGUUAAGAGUGUCGGCCUUAAUUUCCGCGACGUGCUAAUUGCCCUGGGACGGCUGGACAGCGAGGCGCUGGGGGCUGAGUUUGCAGGGCUGGUUACAAAGGUUGGGUCCUCGUGCCGUAAGUUUCAGCCGGGAGACAGGGUUUUGGCGUGUUAUCCCAGUCGUCACGCAAACUAUGUCCGUCUAGAAGAAAACAUGGCUGUCAUAAGGAUUCCGGACACUAUGUUCUCUUUUUCGGAAGCCGCAGCUUUGCCAGUCGCUUAUGCCACGGCGUGGAUUGCGCUCAAUGAAAUCGCUCGACUCCAGCAAGGCGAAGCAAUUCUGAUUCAUUCAGGUGCUGGAGGAACGGGGCAAGCCGCCAUCCAAAUCGCUCAGGUCCUCGGUGCGAGGGUCUUCACGACUGUCUCUAACGAGAACAAAAAGCAAUUUCUUGUAGAGAAGUACAACAUUCCGGAGGACAAUAUCUUCUCAAGUCGGAACACGCUAUUCGCGAAAGUCAUCAAGCGCCUCACAAAGGACAAAGGCGUAGACGUGGUCCUCAAUUCGUUAUCUUCUGAGGGGCUUAUCGCCUCUUGGGAGUCGAUCGCACCGUACGGUCGAUUCAUCGAAAUCGGAAAGAACGAUAUUUUAUCCAACUCGAAGCUUCCAAUGUUGCAAUUCGAGCAGAAUGUAACUUUUGCUGCGGUUGACCUGGCCGCGAUGACUUUGGAUCGCCCACAUGUUGUGACAGCGGCAUUGGAAACGAUCCUGUCAUUGCUAAGAGAAGGGAAGAUCUCCCUGCCGGAUCCACUUCAAGUCUACGGCAUCUCAGACAUUGAAGCUGCAUUUAGGCAAAUGCAGAGUGGCAAGAACUCAGGAAAGGCUGUUCUGGAGAUGAGAGAUACAGACAAGGUAAUGACUGUCCUGGAAACGAGACCAGAUUACCUCUUCAGGCCGGACGAGACCUAUCUCAUCGCAGGUGGCCUUGGCGGGUUAGGACGGAACAUCGCUCGCUGGUUUGUCGAGAGGGGAGCUCGAAAUCUGAUUCUACUCUCAAGGUCGGGGCCUCUGAACCCACAUGCUCAUGACCUGGUUAGUGAGUUAGAAGCCAAAGGCGCAAGAGUUGUUACGCCCGCGUGCGACAUAACCGACAGAGAACGCCUGAAAGCCGUCUUUUUAGAGUUUGGUCAGACAAUGCCUCCAAUCAAAGGUUGCGUCCAAGCAUCGAUGGUCGUUAGUGAUGCGCAUUUCGAAGGUAUAUCUUUCGAAUCUUGGAAAGCUUCUACCACGCCUAAAGCCCAAGGCUCCUGGAAUUUGCACGAGCUCCUUCCGAGAGGAAUGAAUUUUUUCGUGUUAAUGUCGUCUGUUGCUGGAAUAUAUGGCGCGCGGGGAGCAUCUGGUUACGCCGCUGGAAAUACGUUUGAAGACGGUCUAGCCCGAUACCGCAUUGCACUGGGUGAGAAAGCUGUGUCUUUUGAUCUUGGGAUGUUUCUGUCCGUUGGUGUCCUAAAAGACAACCUGGCUCUCCGAGAAAAGAUGUUGGCCAGUACCGUCUUCCAUCAGAUCACGGAGUCUGAUCUUCAUGCGCUCCUAGAUAUCUACUGUAACCCAAGUCUGGACGAGGUCCCAUUGUUGAGAAGUCAGACGGUGGUUGGAAUGACUCCCAAACUGCGCGAGAAAGGCAUGACAACCACCGAAUGGAUCAAGCGACCAUUCUACCAGCAUAUGACAUUGGUCGAAGGGACGGACGCUGGCAUUCCUGGGAAGGCGGAGCAUACCAAUUUUGCUGCUCUCUUCGCAAACGCUGGAUCCAUAGCCGAUGUCACCGCAGCAGUGACAGAUCAGAUGAAGAUCAAGCUCUCCAAGAUGCUCUCAUUACCUCUGGCUGAGAUAGACGUCGACAAGCCAAUACACCAGUACGGAGUCGAUUCCUUGGCGGCAGUGGAACUGCGGAACUGGUUCUCGAAAGAACUCCGCGCAGACGUUGCCAUUUUUGACAUCCUCGGGGGCGCGAACAUUGCCUCUGCCGUUGGCCUCGCAGUUCGGAAGAGUGACUACCGAAAAGCAGAAUGGGGAUCUUGA